UUUUCAUUCUGUGUACAGACAAUCAUCAUCCAGACAUAACGAAUCCUCCACCAUGAAGCUUGUACGGUUCUUGAUGAGCUUGCCUGGGGCAACCAACCAGCCAGUGACAGUGGAACUCAAAAACGGAACUUCCGUGAACGGCCAAAUCUUGUCUUCUACGCCGCUGAUGAACUUAUCUUUAAAGAACGUCAAGCUAAUUCAACCCCAUCAAGACCCCCAAUUAUUGCAGUUCAUCAACAUCAGAGGAAACCAAAUCAGGCAGAUACUCUUGCCAGAUGACUUGAAUAUCGACAGUGUGUUAGCUAAGAGUGUGACGAAAAUUAAGGGCAAUGGGGCAGGACCAGGAAGCCAGGAUUUACUGAGCGGAGCCCCCAAAAGGGGAGGAAGGCCUAUGAGAGGUGGCCGUGGAGGUCGUGGAAGAGGAAGAGCAUUUUAGGGUGGGAGAGGCUUACAAAUCUCAUCUAGAACGAAAUAGUAUUGUAAAAUAGUAAUGUAUUGAAUAUGUACAGA